AUGAUAAUUUCAUUCAUAUUUGCAUAAUUUAUUGGAUAUUCCUAUUCCACCCUCUUAUUUUAUACUUUUGGAAAUAGAGAUUUAUUAUUAAAUACUACGAAAUACUCAGUUGCUAAUUUUGGAAAUGUUCCAUAUGGAUAAAAAUUGCACGGAUAAUUGUUUUUGCCUCCUUUCCAGAAAGCAGAUCUUAUGGUUGAACAAUUUUGUGAUCUGAAGAGUAUUAAUUCAUACAGUCCUUACUUUUCAUUUAAACCUGAUAAAUGGAUCAUCAGCAGAGUUGGAGGCUGUUCAAUCACUUAAAAAGCAAUACUAGCAUAAAAGUUAUAGGCAAAAUUACUUCUAAUUUAUGAUGAUAAGGCAGACGAUAAAUCGGAAUUAUUUAUCACUGAUGAUGGUAAUGGAUACUAAGUGUACAUCCCUGUGAUUAUGAUAAGACCUAAUGAGGCUAAGAUUUUGUAUGAUAAAUUGGCAGAAGAUCAACCUGGAAGUUCAUUAAAUGCCCAUAUUAAAUUUGACUAAAUCAUUCAAACUUAAAAACCUAAAGUUUUAAUUGGAUUAGAUAUUAGUAAUAGAGACACUUUCAAAUUAAUUAAGAAUUUUAAGAACUAUUAUGAUGAAUUGAAAGACUUUAUUGAUUUUGAUAUUUUCUACCAUUUGNAUUAAGGUUGA